AGAAAGCGAAAUAUAGAACCACCUCGAUCCUCGUGCAAGCCUGAGACUUGUAAGGUUCUCUCUCUCUCUCUCAGUUUCUCCUUCUAUAUGUCUCCUUCUUUCCCAUGGUAUCUUGAAGUUGAAAUAUCUCCCACUUCAAAAAAACCCUAGUUGUCUCUUAAACAUCAAAGAAAACCAAGGAAACAUUUUGAGCUUUUGAUAAUUGAUGGAUGCUUCAUGGCUUGGUUUCUCUCUUUCCAACACCAACAACUCCAAACCCAUGCAUGGCAUCUCCUCAAUAUCUUCUUCCUCAUCCACCUCAGAUUCCUCCAACCUCUGCCUCUUUGAAGCCUUCACCACCACCACCACCACAACAACCACCGCGGGUGUGGGUGGUGCGACUGAGCUGUCCAUAUUCACAGGUGUCCCAAAAGUGGACAACUUCUUCUCUACUGAAACUGCACCGCAUGGAGUGGGCGCCGUGGGUGGUAAUAUUUACGACUCAGACCUUAAAACUAUAGCUGCUGGAUUUCUCUCCAACGUCUCCUCCACUAACCAAAACGAUGCCGUAAAGCAAUUAGCUUCGGAGACCACACUCAAGAAAACUGUGGAUACGUUUGGGCAACGCACUUCUAUCUACAGAGGCGUCACCAGGCAUAGAUGGACGGGUAGAUAUGAAGCUCAUUUGUGGGAUAACAGCUGCAGGAGACAAGGCCAGACCAGAAAAGGAAGACAAGUCUAUUUGGGUGGGUAUGAUAAGGAAGAAAAGGCAGCAAGAGCAUAUGAUCUUGCAGCUCUCAAGUACUGGGGUUCCACCACCACUACCAACUUUCCCAUGUCAAACUAUGAGAAGGAACUGGAAGAGAUGAGGCACAUGACUAGGCAGGAGUUUGUUGCUUCUCUAAGGAGAAAAAGCAGUGGAUUUUCAAGAGGAGCCUCAAUUUACAGAGGAGUGACAAGGCACCAUCAACAUGGUCGAUGGCAAGCAAGAAUAGGAAGGGUAGCCGGAAACAAAGACCUUUACCUUGGCACAUUCAGCACACAAGAAGAAGCUGCGGAGGCCUACGACAUUGCAGCAAUAAAAUUCAGAGGCCUAAACGCUGUGACCAACUUCGACAUGAACCGCUACGACGCUAAAAGCAUCGCCAACAGCAACCUACCCGUCGGAGGCCUAACAAAGAACUCAUCACCAGAUCAUUCACCUUCAGAAAGCCAUAUGAUCAUCAAGAGCAAGAGCGUAUCGGACGGCCAAGAUCUCUCCUCAGCAUCCUCAUCACUACUCAGCUUUGCAAUGCCAAUCAAACAAGACCCAUCUCUAUCUGAUUAUUGGUCUAACAUCCUUGGAUACCAAAACAAGAACCCUAUAAGCAGCACAGGUUUCAACAUGGACUUGCUUGGAAGCAGCAGCAACAACAGUGUUGGGUUAAUGAAUAGUGUUGCUAAUGGUGGUUGUUACUCUCAACAACAACAUUCAAGUGGUAGUCCAAUAUUCCCUCUUGCUUUAAACAGUAAUAUUGGGGGUAGUAGCAGCAGCUGGAGCAAUAGCAGUAGUAUUGCAUCAUCUCCUUAUUCAUUUCAAGCUACUACUGCAAAGCCUACUAAUAGUCUCUCUGCUGCUGCUGCUCUUGUGCUUCAGACACCAAUUUUUGGGAUGGAAUAAUGAGAAUCUGUGCUUUUGGUGUUUUGGAAGUUUGAAUAGAUGUGAUGAGGUGGACUGACAAGUAAAUUAUUAUUAGGGGAGCAAGCAGCUGACACUAGCACUACUAACUCAACCCUCUUUAGCUUUGUUUCUGUCAUGCAUGGCUUUCUUUUGUUUUGUUU